AUGCCUCACGAGGAACACAACAAGGCAGACAGCAGCUGUGGUCAGGAGGCUGCAAAUGAUGUGAUAAGUCUCUGGAUCAGGAACUAUCAUGACGACUUUAGAGGGCAGGACUACAGACUGAACACAUGGCACUCAGUUUGUGCCACAUGGGAUUCUGCGUCUGGUGUAGGGCAGAUGUGGUUAGAUGGAAAGCCCUCAAGUAGGAAAUUCAUCAGCUCUGGAUCCGACAUCAGCGGGCCCUUCAUAAUUGUUUUAGGACAGAUCAUUUACAGACCUCAGCAGAGCCCACGCACUUUUCUCUCUGGCCACGUCAUCUGUGAGAUCAAGCGCUACGUGGAAUAUCUGAACUUCACCCCGGGGAAUGUGCUCAACUGGAGGGCGUUGGAGUUUGUCACCAAUGGAAGAGUGCUGAUAGAAGAUCGACAAAUGGCCUGUAUGAUGUAGCCACAGUAAAGCAAGACCUUAAGUAAUACUCCAUACAAGGUCUUUUCUUUUGAGUAUAACACGCUAACACACUGUAGACGUAAACAGUGGCUUUAAAAAGUUUGUGGCUUAGUCUUAGGAAAUUGCGGUGGCUUUAAUCAGCUUGAAAUAAAAAAAAAACGAUCCAGUUUUACAAAUUACAAUCCUUAUUUCUGAUGCCAAUCUUCACUGUAACUGUGCAAUUGUUGUAUGUA